AUGAUGUUCACCAAGACUUUCGGCAUUGCCGCUGCCUUCGCUGCUCUGGCCUCUGCCCUCCCCUCCGGCAUGAACAUGAACAACAUGGUUCGCCGCAACAACACCGUCCCCGCUGGUGGCUCCGUUCUGAUCACCAACAACCUGAGCCACGACGUCUACGCCUGGUCCGUCACCGACACCGUCGGUCCCAUGCAGGUCCUGACUGCCAACGGCGGUACCUACAGCGAGGCCUGGAAGACCAACCCCAAUGGUGGCGGUGUCUCCAUCAAGUUGGCCACCGACCCCAACCAGUCUGAUGUCCUGCAGUUCGAGUACACCCAGGCCGUUGACACCAUCUUCUGGGAUCUCUCUUGCAUCGAUAUGGGCGCCAACUCCCAGUUCACCCAGUAUGGUUUCGCUGUCCUGCCCACUGACUCGACCUCUUCGUGCCCCUCGGCUGUCUGCAAGGCUGGUGACGAUGCUUGCAAUGCUGCCUACCUCAUUCCUACUGAUGACCACGCCACUCACGGCUGCCCCAUCAACACCGGUCUGGCUUUGACUAUUGGCCAGUAA